AUGACCGCCACCAAGACCGCCCUGCCUGCGCUCCCGUCUCUGACCAAGAUCGAGAUGGAGGACCGCAAGAGGUCGCUCGCCAACGAUGUUGACGACCUGGCCCCAAGUCGCAAGCGGCUGAGGGACGAAAAUGGCGCCACCAUGAGGAUGUCUGACGAAAAAGAAAAGGACGUCGAGGACUACCAGAAAGAUGCCAUCAUGCGGCAGAUGAAGGAGUACAAGCGGCAAAAGAAGGAUGCGGACGAGCAACUUUCAGAGCUGCAGAAAAAGACCAAACACCACAAUGACCACCUCCGCACCAUCGAUGCCUGGUUCGCCCAGCUGCUCGAUGAGGUCCGAGUCCUCGCGUCAGAAUCGCUGCCUACCCCUCCUCCCAGCGCGACUUCCUCGACCGGAGAAGAGAUGUACACCUCGGCGCUGUUAUUUGAGGAAAGCGAGACUUUCUCGGAACAUCUCAAGACUCGGUCUGGUGCCAUUAAGAGUGCCAUUUCAGAGCUGUUCGGCAGACUCCCCUCUUCUUCUCCAGAGGUGGAAGAUCUCAGGAAACAGCUGAAUGAGCUUCUGGCCAAGGAGAAGGAACAUGCCGUGGAACUCAGAAAGACCAUUGACGAGAAGGACUCGCUGUAUGAGCGUCUGGAACAGGCCAUGGCUCGGUACAUGACCGCCGAGAGGAAGCUGGAUCGUGCCAAGAGUACGCAGGUUGCAAAACUGGAAAAGCAAGCGACUAUGGGCGGAAAUGGUGGCAAUUCCUCUCCGACCAACGGAAAGGCAGCGGCAAUACCUAAGAAGGAACAUGCGGAAGUGAACGGCGAACUGGAGAACGGUAUUGCUAGCGCGGAAGCAGAAAUCGCUCGAAAAGAAGCCAUCGCAGCUGCUGAGAAGCAAAAGGCACAGUUGGAUGAGAUCGAGACAGAAAACGAACGUCUCACCAACGAGCUCAGUGCUGCGAGGACGAAACUCGCCAGCCUUUCAGACGAUGAUUACGCCGAGACCUCUCUGUUCAAGACUUUGAAGUCCAAGUAUGAGGACCUCAUCAAGCGAGUUAAUGAUCUAGAAGCAACGAACACGCACAUACGCGAGGAGGCGCAGAAAUUCCAGGCUGAGCGGACGGCCUUCCGGACCCAGAUGGACGAGGAGAAUCGUAACCAAACCAGCGACAUUGAAGCGGCGAAUGCACGGGCUGAGACUGACCUGGCGAGAAUACGGCACACUCGAGACCAACUUACGUCUGAUAUUGCGAUACUGAAAUCCGCAGAGGAAAAGUCAAACAUCUCCAUUGCCCAAGCCAAAGAACUAGCUGAAGCCAAGGACGAGCGAAUCUCAGCCCUCGAGGCCAACGUGAGGCGACUGGAGUUGCAGCUUGGCGAGGCCUACGCUGAUCUUGGAGACCUCGAAGGCCUGGAUGCUGAUGAGCUUCGAACGAGACUCCGUACUCUGGACAGCCAGUACUCCAUCCUCAGCAACGAGCUGCCUGCACUUGAAGCGGCUUGGAAGAAAUCGUCGGCCUUGGCCUCGAAAAAAGUAGACGAGAUCGCUGGUUGGGAAGAACAACUGGGUCGACUAUCAGCUGAAAAGGCAAAAGCCGAUCAGAAAUACUUCGCAGCAAUGAAGGCCAAAGACAUGCGUGACGCCGAGUUGAGGGCAUUGAAAAGCCAGAACACUCGCUCAAGCGAGAUUGUGACCCAGCUGAAAGAAGGCGAGGCCAAGACGAAAGAGUUGUGUGUCAACUAUGAGCGUCAAUUGGCUGAUGCAAAGGAGAGCCUGGCGAAGUUGGAGACCGUGAGCCGGACAGCAGAGCAGAAGUUGAAAGAGACCACAGCAUCUGCCGAGGGGUUGAAGAAGAGCGUCGAUGAGCUGAAGGCGCUCAUUACCGUUAAGGACAGGGAGAACCUCGCAGUGGGAAAAACAAAGCGAAAUGCCGAAGAAGAACUAGAGAAGUGCAAGGCACGACUCGACGAUGUCAAAAAGCAGAUGGAUGCCUUGCGGAAGAGCAGAGCCGAAGUUAGUGCCACAAGCUCAGACGACUGGCGGAAAGUUGCUAUUUGCCCUGUCUGCAACGCUAACAUUCGCAACACGGUGCUAAAGCUUUGCGGUCACGUAUUCUGCGGCAACUGCGUCAAGGACCUCAUCUCGAACAGAUCAAGAAAAUGCCCAAGCUGUGGGAGAGGAUUCGGAAGCAACGAUUCGAUGAGCAUUGUACUCACGUGA